AUGACGAUCUUCGAGUACGAGAUCGAGGCGGAGCCCGAUGGCAGGGGCACCAAGUUAGAGGGUCUCGUCACCAUCAGCGAGACGACUAUCGACCGAAGGGACAACGAUCUGGCGGUGUUGUUGCUCCACGGCGCUGGCGGGGACCUUCACGGCGGCCACCUGGACGAUACCUCCGAUUACCUGGCAUGGAUGGGGUUUCCCGUGGUCCGCGUCACGAUGAAAUCACCGGCUGCCCUGUACCGCAUGCGCGCUGCUCACGCCGCGAUGGCUGCGGCGAAGGAGCUUGACGAGAUGAAACAUGUGAAAAAAUGGAUACUGAUGGGGCACUCGAACGGAGCCCGAGUCGCUAUCGCGCUCGCUUCUGAAAUGCUCGACGCAUGGCGACUCGAUAACAACGAGGAUCAGCCUUUGGGUGUCGUUUUGUUUUCAUUUCCUCUUCACGCUCCCGGGAAGCACGACGAUUUGAGGGACGACGAGCUCAUGUCACUCGAGCUACCGACGUUCAUCGUCAGAGGGACUCGCGACACGUUCUCCAGGCAGGAUCUCUUCGACUCGGCCAUGAAGACGAUGCGCGACGCGAAGAAAGCGCACCCCAUCAUCGUCCACGAUGUCAUCGGUGGCAACCACAGCUUGCAGGUGCCCAAAUCAUCGAAAGACACCACGACAGAUAUCGAGCUCGACGGAAUUCGAACGGCGGUGACAAACUUCUGCAUCUCCCUGAAGAACAUCAACGCGCGCGGCAGGGUGCUUCACCAAAAACCCGCGGGCAGGGGCGCGAACGGAACGACGAGAUAG